GCGCGGUAGUGGAAUGCUGACGACACGUUUGUCGUCUGGUUUGUGAUCUACACUAUUUUUGUUAUUCUUGUGGAUAAGAAUGAUCAGAAUAAGUGGGAACACUGUAAUACCUUUUGUCACAUGGGCAAAUACUCCACCUGAUCAUCAAAUAACAUCUAUUUUGUUAUCUGAAGAUGGAGAUACUGUCGCCACGGGGUCAGCGGAUGGUAACGUUAUCCUUUGGAGCCUCGGAAAUUCCUGCUCAUGUUCCCCAAAGUGGAUGCUCACUGGACACAAGUCCCUGGUUUCUAAUUUGUGCAUUGCAGGAAGAUCGCCUAUGACUGGCAAUAAAUUUUUCUUCAGCUAUUCAAUCAGUGGUGAAAUGGCUGUUUGGAAUUGGAAUGACGGCAAAUGCUUAGAAUUCAAAAUGGACACACGUUAUCGGCAUACAUACAUCAAAUCACAUCAAACAUGUUACCUUGACUAUCGUCUACUAUUUUGUUGUGGUCAAUAUGCACAUAUAAUUGUAUUGCAUGCUACUUCACUGGCUGUUCUAUUCACUCUAGCUUCAAAUUCACAACCGGAUUGGAUAUCUUCAUUUGUUGUUGUGACACAUCCAAAUCAACGAAAUGAAAUUGUGUUAGGUCUUUCAUGCUCCAAUCUUGCUAUAUUAUGGACAUUGGACGGUGAAGAAAUCCAAGUAGGUCGUUGCGUUCUUGUUUCAAUGAACUUUGGUUACUUGUUUGUUAUCAUGAUUUGUCGAGCAGUCGUCUCCUGGUCAAACUAA